CCGUGCCGGAAAGCAGGUCGCCCGGAACUGUCGGUCGCGGCUGCGCCCGGCCCAGCGGCGGCCGCCAAGAUGGCGGAGUACGUGCGGGUGCUGAGGCGGGCGCUGCAGCAGCUCGGGGGUCACGGCGGCCUCCGCGGCGUCCUCUGGCAGCUGCUCAGGGUCAACGAUUUGAAGGUCGGUGCUCUAGUAGGUGUUGACAAAUAUGGAAACAAAUACUAUGAAGACAAAAAGAAUUAUUUUUUUGGUCGACAUAGAUGGGUUCAGUAUACUACUGAAAUGAAUGGCAAAAAUACGUUCUGGGAAAUGGAUGGAAGCAUGGUGCCACCGGAAUGGCAUCGUUGGCUUCACUGCAUGACUGAAGACCCUCCAACUACUCAUCCACCAGUUGCUCGUAAAUUCAUUUGGGAGAACCACAAAUUCAAUCUGAGUGGCACUCCUGGGCAGUAUGUCCCUUUCUCUACAACACGUAAAAAGAUACAGGAGUGGAUCCCACCUACAACCGCUAACAAAUAAUUGAAAAGCCUGACUUGCCUAAAACUAGUUUCUCAAUGAAAACUGUACCUUCAUCGUUUGGUUGGUUUAAAAUAAAAGCCUCUGACAAAAGUAAAAGUUUGUUUUUAUUGGGAUUGAAGAACAUUUUUACAAACAAAAAUAGGAAGUGUUUAAAAAAAAAAAGUGGGUAAGAGGCCAAGUAAAGAAUAGUGUUACCUUUAUUCAAAUAUUUUUAUCAGAUAUCUUCAUGUGCUUUUUUCCUCUCUGUGGUCUUUAAAUAAACCUUACUUUUCUAGUAUUUAUUACAUCUAACUGUUGCUAUGACAGUCAUGUCUCAUCUGUAUAAUAUCCAGAUAGAUGUGAAAUACAGUAAUGUUCCUCUGAGGCUGAACGUACAAAUAAUGUAAUGGGGCAGGAUAGUAACAAUGGACCAUUUCCAACACUAUACCUAAGUAGUGCUCCCAGGACUCAUUUCUAGGAAUCCAUCUCUUUAAAAAAAAAAAAAUUACUAC